AUGGACCAUGAAAAGUCUGAGAUACAGGAUGGGGACAUUACAGACACAAUUUCCUCCGAUAUCUCUAUAGAUAAUGAGAGCGAUCAUAUCAAAGGAUGGCGACUGUAUCUCACCAUGACCGGCUUGAAAGGCUCUGCUGCUCUAAAUCUACUAACCAAGUCUAGCCUGCUUACUGGACUAUAUUUGGUCAAUCUUGAGGUGACAAUUGUCAGCACAGCACUCAUAAGCAUUACAAACGAUCUCAACGGAUUUCAGCAAACUGGUUGGAUUGUAACCGCGUUCCUGACGACUUAUACCGGUAAUUAA